AUGUUGUGGGUACUGAGUCUUUGGCUAUUUGCCAUUCCUUCAGCUCUCUCUGCUCCAGUCCAACAGCUCUGUCCUGGGCAGAGGCACAAACUGCUGCUAGUCUCCUUUGAUGGGUUCAGGUGGGACUAUGACCGGGAUGUGGACACCCCAAAUCUGGACAAGAUGGCUGAGGAAGGAGUAAAAGCUACAUACGUCACCCCACCAUAUCUAACCAUCACCAGCCCCACUCACUUUACUCUACUCACAGGGCGGUACAUUGAGAAUCAUGGAGUGAUCCACAACAUGUGGUUCAACACCACUACUCAAGAAAGGAAGCAAUAUUACAUGGCCCAGUUUGUUGAUGACUACUGGGACAAUGGCAGUUUACCUAUAUGGAUAACAGCUCAAAGACAGGGGCUGAAAACAGGCUCCUUGCACUUUCCAGGCACUGCGGCAACCUAUCAGAAAGAAAGGGUGCAAGUGAGCAUGGUGGAACCUCCAUUCUAUAACUACUCCAAUGAGACAGACUGGAGACAGAAUGUGGACAAGGUCAUGGGCGCUUGGUUUAAAGCACAGGACCUUGACUUUGUCUCACUCUAUUUUGGUGAGCCCGAUGCAACAGGACAUAAGUACGGUCCUGACUCCCCAGAGCGGCGCAAUGCAGUCCAAAUGGUGGACCGCACUGUUGGCUUUAUACGCGAGGCUGCUAAGAGGUACGACCUUGCCGACCACCUGAACAUCAUCAUCACUGCUGAUCACGGUAUGGCCACUGUGUUGAAAGGGCCUGGGGUGAAGCAAAUUAUCUUGUCCAAAAUCCCAGGGUUCUCCUUCAAGGACAUUAAGUUCAUUUUGGUGGACUAUGGCCCUACUGCGCUGCUAUUGCCCAAAGAGGGCAUGCUGGAGAAGGUGUACAACACACUAAAAGGUGCCCAUCCUAACCUGCAUGUCUAUAAGAAAGAAGACAUGCCUGCUCGUCUCCAUUAUUCAAAUCAUCCACGCAUUUUACCCAUCAUUCUGUACGCUGACUCUGGAUAUUUAAUCAAUGGGCUAUUGCCAGUUCAGAACAAUAAAGGAGAACAUGGCUUUGAUAACCAGGCUUUGGAAAUGAAGCCUUUCUUCAGGGCAGUGGGGCCAGACUUCCAAAAGAACCUGUUGGUGGGACCUUUUGAGACUGUCAAUGUGUACCCCUUAAUGUGUCACCUACUUGGAAUUAAGCCUGAGAUCAAUGAUGGAUCCCUGGACAUCACUAGACACCUAUUAGUCACCAGUGGGAAUUUGUGUAAUCCCAAAGAAUCAUAUGACAUGAGUCUCGUCAUUGGCCUAGCUACAGUAGGGGUUCUGGUAGCUGUCUUCGUGACUGUUUCAACCUGUCACAUCUAUAGGCGUCACAAAGCAAAACCAAGCUGCCUUGGAAGUGUAUGCAUCACUCGGUAUCCACCUCGUGUUAACUGUCUUUGUAAAGCUGUUAUGGCUGUGAAGUCUGCCACUGAGCACAGUGGUGUAAACACAAGUGAAUUUCACUCUGGAAUCCUGGAUGGAGGAGCAGCACUUUUACACUAUGGCAACAAUCUAGCAGCGGUCCGGGCCAUGCUAAUACUCUCCCUAGUAAUCCAUCAACCAAGAGACAGGGUACAGUUCAACAUUAAGUGGUCUCGAUCAAACGACCUGUCUGCCAGCGGCCUUGUCCUACGGGGCGCCGACAAGAACUGUGUCGCCUUGCACUCGGGUGAGACCUCGGAGGAGUUCGCGACGACGGAUUUACUGAGACGCACGGGCCGCCGCCUUGGCACUGGCACACCGCGACAUACCUGUCAGGGAGGUGUCAGCGUACGGCCGGCCUGCAGGCCUUUCUUCCAAAGUGAGAGCCAUGGAAAAACUGAGUCGACACCUCCCCAUCCGAAGCCUGCGAGCCCCGUCCCGCCCUUGCUAGCCCGCCACGGCCGUUAUGGCGAGGCAUUCCUUUGA